CCAAACACAAAGCAACCGGCACCGCAACAAAAUCCAGAUACACACGGGGCACCGUACACAACCUCGAUUCUGCAAUCGCCAUGGAUUCCACUGUCCAUGGGGUAAGCAAGCUUGUACUCCUCUUAUUAUUCGCGGGAAUAUGCUCCGCAUUGCCGGAAAAUUCCAUUCUCAGGUCGUCUCCUUCGUCGAGCUCCGGCCAGAUUAACUCCAAUUCGGUUCUGGUGGCUCUCCUCGACUCGCAUUACACUGAACUCGCCGAGUUGGUGGAGAAGGCCCUCCUCCUUCACACCCUCGAAGACGCUGUCGGCAAGUACAAUAUCACCAUUUUCGCUCCGAGGAACGAAGCUCUGGAGCGAGAUCUCGACCCCGAGUUCAAGCGGUUCCUCCUUGAGCCCGGGAAUCUCCGGUCCCUCCAGACCUUGCUUCUGUUUCACGUGAUUCCGACUCGGGUCGACUCCGACAUGUGGGAGGCCGAGUCGACUCGUUCGACUCGGCAUCGCACGCUCUCCGACGACCACGUGCAGCUGUCUCGGACGGCGUCAGGCGAGAAGGCGGUGGAUCUCGCGACGGUGGUUCACCCGGACUCGGUGGUUCGACCUGACGGAGUGAUUCACGGGAUAGAACGACUGUUAGUUCCACGGUCCGUACAGGAGGAUUUCAACCGCCGGCGGAGCCUGCGGUCCAUCUCGGCGGUGUUGCCGGAGGGAGCGCCGGUGGUGGACCCCCGGACGAACCGGCUGAAAAAGGCCCCAGCUACGACCGCGAAACCCGGUUCGCUGCCGGUUCUCCCGAUCUACGACGCCAUGGCUCCGGGACCCGCCAUGGCUCCCGCGCCGGCGCCAGGGCCCAGCGGUGCGCACCGGCACUUCGACGGCGAGAGCCAGGUGAAGGACUUCAUCCAGACGCUCCUCCUCUACGGGGGGUACAACGAAAUGGCGGACAUUCUGGUGAACCUGACGUCUCUGGCUAGCGAGAUGGGGCGGCUAGUGUCAGAGGGAUAUGUGCUCACCGUCUUGGCUCCGAACGAUGAGGCCAUGGCGGCUCUGACGACGGAGCAGCUGAGCGAGCCGGGGGCGCCGGAGCAGAUGAUGUACUACCAUAUGAUACCAGAGUACCAGACGGAGGAGAGUAUGUACAUUUCGGUGAAGAGGCUCGGGAAGGUGGAGUACGAGACGCUCCGGUUGCCGCACACGGUGGUCGCUGAGGAGGCCGAUGGGUCAGUGAGGUUCGGGAAGGGGGAUACGGCGGCGUAUCUAUUUGACCCGGAUGUUUAUACGGACGGUAGGAUCUCGGUGCAGGGGAUUGAUAGGGUGUUGUUUCCGGCGGACGUGCCGGAGAAGAAGCCGGAGAUGACGAAGACGGAUCAUGCCGUGAAGGUGGUCGCCCACCCUCGGAGGGGGAAAUUGCUAGAAGUAGCUUGUGGGAUGCUAGGGGCCUUGGGACAGGAUCACCGAUUUACCACUUGCCAAUGAAGAAUUCCCUCAACAUCCCUGCUCCAAUAGGCAGAAGAGAGAUGAAGAAAAAGGAAGUUUCAGGAAACUGAAGGGAAGGCCGUAUGAGAUGGAUGGAACAGUUGGGUGAUUUUGAACUUAAGUUUUCUUUUUUCUUUUUAAAAUCUUUAUUAUUAUUAUUUUCAGUAUUUGUUUUUGUGGGAAAUAUGUUGGAGAGCUUAGGGAAGAAGGGAGUUCCUCUGUUCUGUCCUCUGCCCGCCACUUCCUUUUUUUCAGGUUUGCUUGCAUUCAUUCGAUCCAAAAUAAUUCCCACGCAGGAAGAAGAAAGAGGGAGCUGUAGUUAUAAGUAUACGGGUUAAGUACAUAAAAUAAAAAUGUAUUUAAUUUUAAUUUUAAUUUUGUUUGUUUGGGCAGUGGUAGAGGGUGGGGGGGUCCGAAAUGUGGUUGGGGCAUUGUGUUUUUGGGUUGCGUUUCAAUCCAUCCCGUUUAAUUAGACAAAAAAAACUGAGAUUGUGGAAUGCAAUAAAAUUAUUCUUUUGUGUUUAUAGUCA